GCGCCACUCCACACCGGGAGCAGCGCGUGAGGAUGAUGCCAGCCAGAGAUAGAUGGGUUGGCGAGGGAGGAAAAAAAACCUGCACAGUGACACAACUCGAGUAAAGAGGAGGCGGUGGAUGAGUGAGAGUAAAACUGCGAGAGUUACGGAACAAAGGACAAAUAAAGAGCAGAGGAGAACAGGAAAUAGCCGGAAACUCGCUGCUGGCUGGUUCUUUUUCUGCCCGCACCGAUGUCCGAGGCCCGCCCGGUGCCAGCUGAAGACAGUCGACCGAGGCAGAGCGCACAGGAACGGCCACUGGAGUGGGAAGCGUCGGGGAGCGGACACCGCUGGAGCUCCUCUCUGUGACUGAGACUCUGUGCAAGGACAUUUGCAGCUCAUUGUUAUUACAAGUGGAAGUGGCUGUGUGCUGUGAUUGGCCAGUGACCUGUUUAGCUAUCCAGUGAUGGAUUCCCCCACAGAUCUUUUCAAUGACUCUGCUCCCCAGAUGCACGCAUUUGCUCCCACUCAGGGCUCUACAGAUCUCCCUGGAGUUCAUCCUCAGCCCAGUGCAGGCCGCCCUCCUCCUGCCUUCAGACCUCCUGGCUUCCCCCUCAUCCACCACCUCCUCCAGCCGGGAGGAGCCCCCAGGAGGAUUGGAGGGCAACUCAACACAAACCUGGGCACACAUAGACACCUGGAGGACAGAAAUUUGGAGGAAGACAGGGGAGAGAGGGAUGGACAAGUGGAGCAAGGGAUGGAUGGAGCAGAGGAAGGAGUAAUGGAGGGAGAGGACAGCUUGUUGGGAGUUAAGAAGAGGCACAGUGAUGCCGCCCUCGCGGCUGAGUGGAGUCAGGACGUCUUAAAAGUGAAGAGGAUGAAGCUGGAGAGCCGGCCAAGAGAUGGAGAGGCAGAGGAGGGAGGGAGGAGGCGCGAGGGAGGUAGGGAGGGGAAGAGAAGAGAGAGGGAGGAGCUGAAAGAACAGCUGGAGGAGGCAAGAGAGAGACUGCAGGCCCUGCAGGAGAAAGUAUGGAGGGCUUUUGGGGAAAAGCACAUGGCAGAGGAGGAGAAGAAAAGGAGGUGCAGAAACAGAGAAGGAGGAGAAGGAGAUGCUGGGAUGAUGGAGGAGGAGGACAUUGCAGAAGGGAUGUAUGAUGAAGAGGACAUUGACGGUGGAGAGAUGGAAAAGGAAACUUUCUCCCUUCUUUCCGUUUCCCCUUUUGACAGCUUCCACAAACAGAGAGAGGAGAGGCAAAAAGACAGAGAGGGGAGGACGGAGAGAGGGAGAGGUGGAGGGUUGCACCUGGAGGGUGUGAUGGAGGGAGCGGGGUUGUGGUUGGAUUGUGGAGGGCUGGUCAGAGGAGACUGGCAUGGAGGGAUAGAAGAUGAAGGGGAGGAGGGAGGGCAGAAGUUUGCUCAGGCUCUGAAGCUGGAGCUGGGCAGCGCUGUUGCUCGAGUCAUUGACCGAGUUCUCCGCCUUUACACCGAGAUGACAGAUGUCACUCCCUCCUCUCCUCCUGCUGCCAUCUCUUUCCUCCCCGCAGACACGGGGAAUGAUGACGGGAGGGAGAGGGGAGUGUGGAUGGGACUUUUAACGAGAGGAAGAGGGGAGGAAAAAUUAAGAGGUAAGGAUGAAAAGACAGGAAGGCAGGAUGGAGAAAGAGAAAAAGAGCUCCAAAAGAGGAGCAACGGGAGCACCAUGCCUCCUGGACAGCCUCAUCGCACUGAACCAUCAGAUCUGGCAAUGCCAUUGGCUGUUCAGAGGUCACCUGACAUACGAAAAGCCCACCCACUCCUCGGCCCACCUCUCUCUACUCACCUGAAUCCCUCUCAUCCGAGCCUCUCCCUCCAUCACCCCUCUCUACCUCGCCCUCCUCCUCUUUCUCAUCCUCCCCUCAUGCCUCCAGCAUCACAACCCAAAGACCUCUCCUCCACCUUCCAUCCAUCCUCCUCCUCCUCUUCCUCUUCCUCAUCUUCCUUCCCGGCGCCUCCCCCUCCCCCUCCUCCGCCUCCUCCCCCUCUCCCUCUCCCCCUUCUCCACUACUCCAUGCAGCAGCUCUUCUCUCGCUCCCUUCACCACCCUCAGCUCCCCCACCUCCCCCCGUCCCGCAAGGACUAUUUGAACUCCGACCCUUUCUUGGAGUUCUCGUCUCACCCCUCAUCUCACCCCUCUUUCCCACCGCUCCCCUUGCUCGGUCACCUGGACGCCUCCCUUGCACGCCACGCUCAUGGAGGCAGGGAGAGAGGGAUGAGGGGAGAUGGGGGGAUGAGGGGAGGAGGCGGGAUGGAUGGAGGAGAGCUCUUCCUGACUGCUGGGGGAGUAUACACCCAGGAAGGUUUGUCUCCCUGCCAUCUGAAGAAAGCCAAGCUCAUGUUCUUCUACACACGGUAUCCCAGCUCCAAUACACUCAAGACUUACUUCCCUGAUGUCAAGUUUAACCGCUGUGUGACCUCCCAGAUGAUUAAAUGGUUCAGCAACUUCAGAGAGUUCUUCUAUAUCCAGAUGGAGCGCUUUGCACGACAGGCUGUCCGCGAGGCUCUCACCCGGGAUGGUGCACCUCGUCUGGGCAGAGAGAGUCAGCUGCGAGUGGGCCGUGACACAGAGCUUUACCGCAUACUGAACAUGCACUACAAUAAAAGUAACGUCUACCAGGUCCCAGAGAGGUUUAUAGAGGUAUCAGAAGUGGCUCUGAGGGAGUUUUACUCAGCCAUCUGGACUGGGAGAGACAGCGACCCCUGCUGGAAGAAAGGAAUCUAUAAAAUCAUUUGUAAGCUUGACAGUCCUGUACCAGAUGCCUUCAGACUGCCAGGUUGUCCUGUUGGCUGAUGAUUGAUCCACAUGUAUAAGAAUAAAUGCAUAAACACACAGACUCACUAAAAGAAAGGGAAUUGUGUUAAAGCAUUCACAAACUGUGAGAAGUGGUGUGAAGGAAUCCAUUCAGUUCUGCAAUUCAUUCAUAAUGCAUUCAUUCUGAGACAAAAAAAAAAAGAUAAUUUUAGAUGAUAGAAGUAUUUUGUUUGACAGUGUGUGCAGGGAAAGACACACAGACGCUUAAAUGAACAGACACUCACAGAGAGAAUGGUAUUCUGACAUCCUCAGUGCUGUGAUAAGAGUCUUGUGACUGCACUUAUCGAGGAACGUGACCAUACCAUUGAAUUAAAACGGACAGAGCAGGAAUUCCCUUUCCCAGCAUUCUUCACCAGUCAGCUGACUUGUGAAAUCACAGUGCUGCUACACUGGAUUGACAAAAACUGUCGUGAAAAUAAAAGUUGCUGCAGGCACAGAGCUGGGAUAGACUGAUGGACUGGAUUUAAUAACAACUUCACGGAAAUAUGCAUACUUGUUGUGCAUUAUGUGUUACCAUGAGACCACACAUCAUUCAUUCACUUGAAAAGAUAAUAUGCAUUCCUUGGCAGUCCCUUGCAAAUGAUUGCAAUUCAGAAAAAAAUGCCAUACUAUGCAUCCCCUCAGUAAUCAAAUGUACUGCUGAUAUCUGUUUACCAAGCAUGGGCACUGCACAAAUAUACGUUUCAGAUACUUGCAGACAAAGAAUCCACAUACCAAAUUUUCUUAGAUUAGAUGCCCUACUUUCCUCAUUGUCACUUAAACUGUGAGCAGAGCACGCAGUUCCUACAAAGAAAAAAAUCCAGCUUCCUGAUAAAUAUUGUUUAAAAAGCAGUAAUAUUGCUCUGUAUUUGUUGGCAAUUUUGCACAAGCAGCACCCAACUAUCACCCAAACAUUUACCCACUGCUCUCCCUCAGGGGGUGUUCACAGUUUUACAUUAGAGUCUUGUCAAAACGUUGAAUCUGACUGUUUGCUAGAAACUCACUGUAAUCGCUGCCUUGUGUGUGUAGGCUUCCCUGCAGGGUCACAAGUACCUUUUUGUUCAGUGUGCCCUGCAGCUUUUACAGUUUCUCCAUAGCUGCAGAGGCGCUUUCCUCUUUCUUUUGUUUGCUUGUUUGUUUGCCCCACCAACACAAAGCUGUCAUGUAUCCAGCAGAGAAAUCAAUCUUGGGAAUCUUUAAAGAAAACAUGAGGACCAAUCAUAACUACUGUCACCUAAUAUAUUGCUGUUGUUUGAGAGAAAUUUAAGGGCAGUGGUUGAUUUAUUUUUGCCUGUAUUUCCAUCUCUUUGUUCAAUAAGGAAUUAUUAUAGCUUUUGUACAUGAUGGCACAAUGUAAUCAAAAUGUAAAGUUCUGCCAAGAGGGACAUUAUAUUGAAUUUAAAAUAGUAAAAUUAAUGUUUUGUUGUUUCCUUGCUGUACUCUUAUUGUUGAAAUAUUCACUUCUGUUUUUGUAUUUCUUUAACGUGAUGUUAAACUAAAUAGGCCAGCUGCACAGUUAGUAUAUAUUGACAUUUGUUUCCUGGAAGUAUUGCAGAAACUUUCACUCUAUCUACUGUAUAUCAUGACUCUGACCCAGAGGGGACUUCUGUUCAUCAAAGUGUUGCUCCAGAUGAAGCCUCCUCUGGCUUAAUCACACCUCUGUGAGACCGAGCCCGUGUGUGAACUAUUUGUGACGUGUUUUCAGGUGCAUGUUUCCUAUAUUUGCAUUACAUUUUGUAUUGUAAUCUCUUCUGUUUCUCUCACGGCUCUUAUCGGUCUCUCUUUUAUAUUGUACAUAUUCUUUAGAUCUGUGCCUCAUUCGGACUUUGGUGAAUUUUGGUGUUUAAACUUAUCAGUGAAUUAAAGUGAUACCAGGCUUGUGUUGUGAUGUCUGGAUUCACACCACACACACGAAACACACACACACUCUCUCUCCUGGUAGCCAGCACUAAUACCAUCAUACUUUAAGCCUUUAAUCUAACAACACUACCGCACUAAAACACACACAUACACACAUUCUCACUAACACUAAUGCUUGGAUGAUGGCUUUGUAAGAGGCUCAGCCCUGGACUAAGUCUAGCCACCUGAGACAGCAGCACACACACACACACACACACACACACACACACACACAGAGUUUCUCUGGUAUGCUAGCUAUGUAUCCAAACCACAGUCCUGCGGAAAAGCCUGUUUUUGACUAACAAGCUGGACAACGGCUCUUGUCACAGUGAACCUGGUUAAACCUAGACACAUGCUCCACACAUAUUAGCUUUAGUUUGGCAUUUUGAAGGAAGGCAUUGGUGUCACGACACAGAAUAUAAAUGCAAACAUUCCCCAACUAACUUAUUGUUGACUGUCAACACUUGAGAAUAAACCAGGUCAGAUUUUAGCCAUCAAAAUCAGCAACACGUUCUUGCUAUUAUUAGCUGGUCUCUAUUUAUUUUAUAAUAAAAUCUUUCUGACACCAGCUUUAUCAUACUGCUGUGACUGAUGCUGAAGCUUUAAUGGCUUCUUUGAGUAUCAUUUUGCCAUCUCUUUGUGUGCUUCCCCUUCGGACAAAUCAAUCGCCUGUGGAAUCAGGAAAGCACCACAACAAGAACGCGCUCACAGUUUUCACAGAACUCCUCAAAGCACAAAACAUCUAUAGAAGUCUUCAGUGGCCUGACACAGAAUUGGCACACAUUACAGACUCUAUACAGCCUAUUUGUGUAAAUCUGUAAAAAAAAAAAAAAAGAAAAAAAAAAAAAAAGAAAAAACCUGCUCUAAAUACUGUAGUGAUUAGCUCUGAAGGGAAUCUGCAGUAGCUUUAUUCUGCUUGCAGAAGCCUUUGCUCACUAUGUGACAAGUCUCUUGAAAAUAG